GAGUCACCAAAAAAAGCUCAGAGUCUUUGUAGUAGCUACAUAACUAUGAAGAAACAAUACCAAGCGAAAACUAUAUGAGGAAUAAUAUCCUCGAUUGGUUAUUCUCUUUUCUUCUCCAGAUAGAUCAGAUUUGAAUACCACUUCCAUCCUUUACUACAUCAAGAAUCGGAUUGAAACUCCCAUAUUCAAAUUCAAUCAAUCAAAGUAGCAACAAAAACUAACACUUCAAAAGCCAGAGCUUCCACCGCCUUCAUGCCGCCAACACGAAUGGUUGUGUACAGCUGUACACACGAGCUUCCAGACACCGAAGCUUACGUACAGCGGGCCCAGGCCACACCCUACCAAUACCGAAGCCCAAUCGUCAGUCGCUUGAAGAGAGCCUUCAGCUUGAACGAGACCAUCAGACGACCAAGCAUGGAUCUUUGCCCUGUUUGUAAGGCGAAGAACCGCCAGCGCCCUCUAGCAGCACCGCAAGCGAAACCAAGCUUACCUCCUCGCGGCCAGACCUUCCAAGACAACACACAUCCGGUACACGCGCCUUCAGGCUCAACCGACUCUCAACCCCAAGUUCCACCCGACGUACCAGCUUUCGAUCAACCUCCGCAUGCAGCCACUUCUCCACCUCAAGCCAACGCGCAUUUGGCGAACAUGACUGACGGUCCACCCGACUUGCCAGUUCUUCAAUUCCCCGUCAUAACUGGGUAUCAGUCACAAGCUGACGCACAAUUAUGGAAGAUUCCCAACGGCCCAUCCGACUUACCAAGCUCAGACAUUCUCAAUCGGGGAUGGAACGCAAUGAGACGCCGAGGUGCCCAUCAGCGAAACUUUCCAGAACGGGUGCUUCAAAGGAGGGCAACCGAUGCUCCACGCAGAUCGUCCCCAGAACCGCCGGAGGUUCCUCCAAAAGACGAAGGUGUGCAUCCCCGGGUGAACGCCUGGAUGAAAAAGCAAAUCACCGAGACUCUCAAGAAGCAUCACGACCGAAUCACCCAGCCACAAGCACUCGGGUCAUCCGGAGCCAGACCAAGGACACCCGUUGUCUUGAUUCCUGAUCCUCUGACUUUGACUCCUUCUACCACUCGUGGUGAGGACGGGCCACCGGAUGACGGGAUGAGGUUUCCCAAGUGGUUUUGAGUGACCGGUAACGGAGAGGGAGUGGGGCUGGACCUGGCUUACCUUCGAACGAACCACGGACUCAGGACCAACGUACUCAUAAUUUGUUUUUGGAGUUUUGUUUA